AUGGUCAAGGAACUGGUUGCCUAUGUGUUCAGCCUGACUUACGACAGAGAUUAUUCUUCGCGACAAAAAUGGCAGCUCCACAAAAUCUUGGAGGAGCGCACAAUACCAUUCGAAAACUCCUCGCGGAAGCAGGAGCUUGUUGACCUGUUAGAAGAAGAUGACCUGAAGAAACGAAAACAGCUUAAAAUUGAAAAUCAUACCCCCAACAAGAAACCACGGCUGCGCACGCCAGACAUUGAGUACAACUAUGAUCGAUCUAAACUUCGCGAUCAACGCGCCACACCGGGUCGCGUGAAGCGCCCACGAUAUGAGGAUAUGAACAUCCCAGACGAUGUUUUGGGCUACUUUGAACUCAACUUCACUAUCCCAAAGGAAGAAAAGCCUAAAGGCCGAACGAAUGCGCGCCAAGAGAAUGAGUUGUUCAAACGUAAUGCUCUCCUGAACCCGCUGACGACAUUUCAUGAUCUCUACAGAUGUCAUGAAAAGGGCCGCCAAGGGUCGCCGACGUAUGAUGGUGCAGGCUACCAGUUGGACUGGGAGAAGGUCAAUAGGUGGAUGAAGCCACAAGCCUACAACAAGGAUCGUAUGGUGCGGAAUAUGGACAAAGCGCUUGAUAAGAGCGAGAAGGAAGAGGCCCUCUUGUUCCGGGUCUUUUUUAAAGACAAGAAGAAAUUGGGCCUCGAUGAUCCAUACUACAUCAAGGGCUUCGUCAAAGAUCACAUCUCAAAGGAUCUUAGCAUCCCGUUUCAUCAAAUUGGACCAGACGAGAUCAUGAAGUGGCGGGAUGAAGGCUUUGAAAGAAAAUCGUUCAAGGAGUGGUGGAAAGAGCCAAAUGAAGAAGAAUUGACACGUAUCGAAAAUAUGGAAGAAGGCGGGAGUUUGCGAAAGGACCUAUAG